GCCGUCGCCGCCGGCCAUGGAGGCUCCCUCCGCGGAAGACGCCGCCGCCGAGCCCGAGCCUCAGGGCUCCGAGUGCAGCCGGGACAGCGGCCGCGUGUCCCAGAGCCAGAGCAGCAGCGCGUCGGGAGCCUGGGACGACGAGUUGCCGGGCCGGGACCUGCCGCUGCUGCGCCGCGCCGCCGCGACCUACGCCGCCGGCCUGCUGCCGAGGCCCGAGACGCGGCCCGAGGUGGCGGCGCUGGACGCCGGCCUGGAGGAGCUGCUGACGCGCGUGGACGAGUUCGUGGGCCUGCUGGACCUGCUGCGCGGCGACUCGUCGCUCGUGGUGCGCGAGGGCGUGCCCCGCCUGCACGCCAAGGCCGCGCUCAUGCGCCGCGUGUACGGCCGCAUCGACCGGCUCGAGGCCUUCGUGCGCAUGGUGGGCGCGCGCGUGGCCCGCCUGGAGGCGCAGGUGGGCCGCGCCGAGGCCGAGCUGGGCGCCUUCCCCAGCACCCUGCGGCGCCUCCUGCACUCGGUCAGCGUGCCGGGCCUCUUCCAGCGGGCGCCCCCCGGGCGGACCCCCGCCCCGACCCCGACGCCCGCGCCCGCGCCGGCCCGCUACGAGCCCCCGACCCUCUUCCGCACCGAGGACUACUUUCCCGGGCGCGGGGAGUCGCCCCCGGUCUGAGCAGGGCCGAACC